AAAAGAGUUGUUAUCACCAACCUGAAUGGUCACGCUGCUCGAGUCAAUUGUGUACAGUGGAUUUGUAAACAGGAUGGUUCACUUGAAGCAUGGAGGACACAGCAGUGCUUAGGAUAAGGAUAGAGGCAGCCCGUGACUGUGGUGAGACCCCUGCCAUUGCCCACAGCUUUUAAUUGAAAGCCUGGAAACAGGGCCUGUGUUGGGGCCCAGGCUGGGAUUCAGAAGAUUUAACUUGGAGGUUUCUUCCUGCCACAGACAAACUGUUGCUCUUUUAGGCAGGACAUUGCAACUCUGUUGACUCCAGAUUGCACGUUAGUAACAUCUGAAAAGUAAAGGCUUGGACUGGAUCAGGGGACCUUUAAAGCUCCUUCUACUGAAUUAGUUUCUGGAGGAUCUGAUAAUCAAGUGAUUCACUGGGAAAUAGAGAAUAAUCAGCUUUUAAAAGCAGUCCAUCUCCAAGGCCAUGAAGGACCUGUUUAUGCAGUGCAUGCUGUUUACCAGAGGAGGGCAUCCGACGUGUUGCAUACACUGAUGGUUUCUGCAGCUUCAGAUUCUACUGUUCGAGUCUGGUCUAAAAGGGGUUUGGAAGUAACAUGCCUUCAGACCUUGAACUUUGGAAGUGGGUUCACUCUGGCUCUCUGCUUGUCUUUUUUGCCUGAUACUGAUGUACCAAUAUUAGCAUGUGGUGAUGAUGACUGCAGAAUUCACUUAUUUAUUCAACAAAAUGAUCAGUUUCAGAAAGUGCUUUUUCUCUGUGGACAUGAGGAUUGGAUAAGAGGCGUGGAGUGGGCAGCCUUUGGUAGAGAUCUUUUCCUAGCAAGCUGUUCACAAGAUUGCCUGAUACGAAUAUGGAGGCUGUAUAUAAAAUCAACAUCUUUAGAAACUCAGUAUGAUGAUAAUAUAAGACUGAAGGAAAAUACUUUCACUGUAGAAAAUGAAAGUAUUAAAAUAGAAUUUGCGAUUACUCUGGAAACUGUGCUGGCUGGUCACGAAAACUGGGUAAAUGCAGUUCAUUGGCAACCUUCAUUUUAUAAAGAUGGUGUUCUACAGCAGCCAAUGAGAUUGUUGUCUGCCUCGAUGGAUAAAACCAUGAUUCUCUGGGCUCCAGAUGAAGAGUCAGGAGUUUGGCUAGAGCAGGUUCGAGUAGGUGAAGUGGGUGGAAAUACUCUGGGAUUUUAUGAUUGCCAGUUCAAUGAAGAUGGUUCCAUGAUCAUUGCUCAUGCUUUCCAUGGAGCAUUGCACCUUUGGAAACAGAAUGCAGCUAACCCAAGAGAGUGGACUCCAGAGAUUGUCAUUUCGGGACACUUUGAUGGUGUCCAAGACCUAAUGUGGGAUCCAGAAGGAGAAUUUAUCAUCACUGUUGGUACUGACCAGACAACUCGACUUUUUGCUCCAUGGAAGAGAAAAGACCAAUCACAGGUGACUUGGCAUGAAAUUGCAAGGCCUCAGAUACAUGGAUAUGAUCUGAAAUGUUUGGCAAUGAUUAAUCGUUUUCAGUUUGUAUCUGGAGCUGAUGAAAAAGUUCUUCGAGUAUUUUCUGCACCUCGGAAUUUCGUGGAAAGUUUUUGUGCCAUUACGGGCCAAUCACUGGCUCAUGUGCUUUGUGAUCAAGAUGGUGAUCUUCCAGAAGGAGCUACCGUCCCUGCUUUGGGAUUAUCAAAUAAAGCUGUCUUUCAGGGAGAUAUAGCUUCUCAGCCUUCUGAUGGAGAGGAGCUGUUAACUAGUACUGGUUUCGAGUACCACCAGGUGGCCUUUCAACCCUCCAUACUUACUGAACCUCCCACUGAGGAUCAUCUUCUGCAGAAUACUUUGUGGCCUGAAGUUCAAAAACUAUAUGGACACGGUUAUGAAAUAUUCUGUGUUGCUUGUAGCAAUUCAAAGACUCUGCUUGCCUCAGCUUGUAAGGCAGCUAAGAAAGAGCAUGCAGCUAUCAUUCUUUGGAACACUACAUCUUGGAAACAGGUGCAGAAUUUAGUUUUCCACAGUUUGACUGUCACGCAGAUGGCCUUCUCUCCUAACGACAGGUUCUUACUAGCUGUUUCCAGAGAUCGAACCUGGUCACUGUGGAAAAGGCAGGACACGGUCUCACCUGAGUUAGACGCAGUUUUCAGUCUCUUUGCCUUCACCAACAAAGUCACUGCUGUGCACAGUCGAAUCAUUUGGUCUUGUGAUUGGAGUCCUGAUGGCAAGUAUUUCUUCACUGGGAGUCGGGACAAAAAGGUGGUUGUCUGGGGUGAGUGUGACUCCAGCGAUGACUCCAUGGAGCACAGCAUCGGCCCCUGCUCCUCUGUCCUGGACGUGGGUGGAGCUGUGACAGCUGUCAGCAUCUGCCCAGUGCUUAACCUUUCCCAACGAUACGUUGUUGCGGUAGGAUUAGAAUGUGGAAAGAUUUGUUUAUACACCUGGAGAAAGACUGACCAAGUUCCAGAAAUCAAUGACUGGACUCACUGCGUAGAAACAAGUCAAAGCCAAAGUCACACACUUGCUAUCAAAAAAUUAUGUUGGAAGAACAGUAAUGGAAAAACUGAACAGAAUGAAGCGGAAGACAUUGAAUGGUUACACUUUGCAAGUUGUGGUGAAGAUCACACUGUGAAGAUAUACAAAGUUAACAGAUGUGCACUGUAAUGGACUUAAUGACUGCAAGCAUAUAAUCGUUGGUGUCUUAAAAUAUUUAUCAUCUAAAAAGACAACCUUUCUUCACCUCAUAAUUUAACCAAGUUUCAUUUUUAAGUGUCACAGCAAUAGUACUUGUCACAGAUCCUUUAAAAUCUGAUGAAAGCUAUAGACCCUUUUCUCAAAAUUGUUGUGUAUGCACACACCCUCAGAACAUCACCCAUAUGUUCAGAGAUUCAGGGAUUCAGACCUGAAUCCAUGUGCCCCAGAUUAAGAACCUCUGUUCUUUCCUUAUGACCAAAUUUGCCUAAUUUUGUGUUAUUUUGGGCCUUCUCUUUUCAUAUGCCCCUCUUUUGGGACAUUUCAUUAUUUAUUAUCCUUUUUAAAGAGAAGACAUGGAAAAUAAAAAGAAAUAAAACCCA